AUGGGGACACUGCUGUUGAGGGGCUUAUUUAUUGCUGAUGAGCCUAUUGAGAAAGAAAAAUCUAACGAGGACUUGAAUAAGUUGGCUAAAAGAUUAUCAAAUGAAAUUUUAUCAGAUGUCUUCCAUUUAAAGAGCAUUUCAGAACAAAAUACAUAUGCAUCAGACUUGAAAAGUACAAUAAAAAAAAAUGCCAUAAGCAAGGCAAGUUCAUUGAAUCUUGACAAUAAUAACAAACUUCAUGGUCAACUUAAGGUAUAUAUUGGCGAAAUUGUCCGCAAUGCAGUGGACAAAGCAUUUUCGACCAUUCAAAACACACCUACAACUUCAGUCCACAUCGAUGGGACCUACUUAGGAAAAAGACAGUUAAAUGAUGUCGAAAUACAUUCAAGUGAUUCUAGUUUCUUGGCUUCACAACAACAAAGUGACAGGCCUCAAAGUAAGAGGUCGAGUGUUGAGGUAGGUCACGAUGAUUCAUCUGAUGAAGAAGAUGAUUCCAACUUCUUGUCACCGCAAAAGGUUUGCAAUGAAAAAGAAUUUUGGCGGAAAAGCUUGAUUGAUGACCUUGAAGACGAUUUGAAUUUUGAUGAGACAGAAACAACUCAUAGUUCAGCGCCAUCAAGUCCUGGUGCAUCCCAAAAUUUGGAAAGUGGUAUGUUUGAUGAUAAUCCUGAAAGCGAGGAGGAAGCUUUAGGAACAUUGCCCAAUGUCAAAGUACAAACAUCAACCAACAAGAAUACAGAUCACCGCAGAUCUAGGUUGAGGUCAGUUGAUAGCACUCCUGUCCUUGUCCUGGAUAAUGGCUCAGGAUUUCUCAAAGCUGGUUAUUCAAACGAAGCAGUACCAAGCCAAAUAGUAUCGUCUGUUGUUGGUACUCCUCUACGAUAUUCUCAGGAUAUAUCAGGCAUAGAGUACAGUGCCAAACCAGGAUCUGUAUUUGGUGACCAGGCCACAGGAAAGGCAGGAGUACUUCGUAUUGAUUACCCACUGAAAUGUGAUCUCGUGGAAAAAUGGAGUGAUGUUGAAGGGCUUUGGGAUCAUGUGUUUAAUGGUCUAAUGGUGAUUCCUGAGCAUCCUGAUUUUUCUGUUCUCGUAUCACAGAGUGCUCUCAGUCCGAAGAAAAAUACUGAAAAGAUUGCUGAAAUAAUGUUUGAACACUUCCACAUGCCUUCAUUGCUCAUCGUCGAUCAACUGACGCUUUCUCUCUUCUCAACUGGAUAUACUUCUGGACUUUCUUUUAACUCCGGUUUCAAAAGUACUCAGGCUGGCGUGGUUUACGAAGGUCACGUGUUACCUCACACGGUGAAGCAAUUGGACAUCGCUGGAUAUCAGCUGACGGAGAACUUAAAGAAGCUGCUCAUGUCCCUUCAAGGAUUUGGUUUUCGGAGCUCGUCGCAAUGGCAGAUUGUCGAUAAUAUAAAAAAGACGAUGGGAUAUUUUUCUUUAGAUUUUGAGGGUGAUUCCAAGAGGUUUAAGAGUCAAGCUGAAUUGCAGAAACCAUAUGAAUUACCCGACGGUCAGGUCAUUGAGGUUGGAUUGGAGAGAUUUGGUUGCGCCGAGUCCCUGUUUCGACCCAUGGAGAUUGGUCUCACUCAGUCGCCUGCUCAUAAACUGAUCAUUGAUUCCAUUAACAGCUGCGAGUCUGAACUUCAAGAACAAUGUUACAAAACAAUGAGCGUGUCUGGCGGUACAACCUUAAUGAAAGGUUUCACGGAUAGACUAGAGCAGGAGCUACGAGCUGACGACAGGAGAUUCAAAAAUUUCGUCGCACCUGAAAAUCGACAUAUCUCCACGUGGCUGGGAGGCUCUGUAAUGGCGUCACUUCCAACAUUUCAAGAAAUGGUCGUUACAGUUGACGAAUACGCCGAGGCUGGUGCCCGCGUUGUUCAUUCGAAAUGCUUUUGAAUGUUUAAGUAUUCCUCGUUGCUGUUUGUGCUGUCUAUAUUUAUUCAAAGCUCGCUUCUGUUCUUCAUUUGUUUUAACGUUUUCUUUUGCGAGUCGCUUGGAUUCUUAUUUACGAUGAUGGCAUCCCUCCCAACUUUCUUAUUCAACCUUCAUGUUUAUGUCAUGUUUAUUUUAAUUUCCGUUGAUCUUUCCCCUUUUAAUACGUAGCUCAACUUACAACUCAGGCUAUCAGCGGGCUUGUACGCAGUAGAAAGUAUUUCUAAUUAAAACCUAGGGUCGUUCAAAGUCAAGUCGACUUAAUCUGAAUCACGUAGUUUCCCAAUGUACGCCGAAUGUGAAGUUAACACUGACAGAUAAACUCUCUUGUAUUAGUGUAGUUAUUAAAUAUUUUUAUCAAACAAA